CCUCCUCCUCCUCCUCCUCCUCCUCCUCCUCUCGCCGCCGUGCUCCGCCGCGGCCGGGGUGCUCCGGGCGUUCGGGCUGGAACUUGGCCGCGAUGGGGAGCGAGCGCUGGAAAACCAUGGGAGGAGCCUCGCAACUUGAGGAUGGGCAGCAGGAGAAAUCGCAGAGAAUGAGCUGCGGGUACAUCCUGUGCACCGUCCUGCUCUCGGUGGCCGUUCUCCUGGCGGUGACGGUGACGGGGGCCAUCCUCUUCAUGAACCACUACCACACGCCUGUCACAGAGUCACCUCCCGUCAUCAGCACCAACCCCGAGGAAGCCAACGCUCUGGUGACCAUCGAGAAAGCAGACAGCUCGCGCAUCAACAUCUUCAUUGACCCCAACUGCCCCGACGCAGCGGGCACCUUUGGGCGCCUGGAGGGGCUGCAGACCUCCGUGCUGCGCGCCGUCACUGACCACGACGCCGAGGCCAAGGCCACCAAGAGCCAGCAGAAGGCCCUGCUGGUCACGGUGGCAGACGAGGUGUCUAAGCUGCUGACACACGCCGUGCAGCUGCGCGCUGACUGCGAUGGCCUCAAAAAGGGGCACAGCGCCAUGGGGCAGGAGCUCAGCGCCCUGCAGGGCGAGCAGGGCAGGCUCAUCCAGCUGCUUUCGGAGAGCCAGACCAACAUGGCUCGGCUGGUGAGCUCCGUCAGCGACAUCCUGGACACCCUGCAGAAGGAGCGUGGUGGUGCCCGGCCCCGGCUCAAGGCUGACCUGCAGCGAGCACCAGCCAGAGGAGCGCGGCCCCGGGGCUGCUCCAACGGCUCCCGGCCCCGAGACUGCUUUGACAUCUACGCGAGUGGACAGCAAGAGGAUGGGAUUUACUCCAUCUUCCCUACGCACUAUCCCGACGGCUUCCAGGUCUACUGUGACAUGACGACCGAUGGGGGCGGCUGGACGGUGUUCCAGCGGCGGGAGGAUGGCUCCGUGAACUUUUUCCGCGGCUGGGAAGCCUACCGGGAUGGCUUUGGGAAGCUGACGGGAGAGCACUGGUUAGGGCUGAAGCGGAUCCACACGCUGACGGUGCAGGGCAGCUACGAGCUCCGCAUCGACCUGGAGGACUUUGACAACGGCACCGCCUUUGCCCACUAUGGCAGCUUUGGCGUGGGGCUCUUCUCUGUCGACCCCGAGGAGGACGGGUACCCCAUCUCCAUCGCCGACUACUCGGGAACAGCAGGCGACUCCUUCCUGAAGCACAACGGGAUGAAGUUCACCACCAAGGACCUGGACAACGACCACUCGGAGAAUAACUGCGCAGCUUUCUACCACGGCGCCUGGUGGUACCGCAACUGCCACACCUCCAACCUCAACGGGCAGUACCUCAAGGGCCAUCACAGCUCCUACGCCGACGGCAUCGAGUGGUCCUCCUGGACCGGCUGGCAAUAUUCCCUCAAGUUCACCGAGAUGAAGAUCCGGCCCGUCCGGGAGGAGAAUUAGCUGGACGGCACGAGUGUCCCCCCUGCCCCAUGCCCAGCACCCUGCCCUCCCCCACUGCCCCACAGCCCUGUCCCCACAGCUGCCACCCUCCCUGAGGGCUGGCUCGUCUUCGAGGGGCUCCUGCUGAGUUCCUGCCCCCAGGGAAGGUGGCUUUUGCUCCCAGGUGCCCGUGGACAUCACCAGACCUUCUGUUUCCUGCUGUCGUGGCUCCCCUGCAGCUGCAAUGGGUCUCUUGGCCAGAGCGUGACCCACAGCCGGCGCCCACGGCUGCGGCAGAGAGGGCAGUGGGAUGUGAGGAUUUGGGCAGUGGGAUGCGGGGAUUUGGGCAGUGGGAUACGGGGAUUUAGGCAGUGGGAUGCAGGGAUUUGGGGGUUCAGCAAGGGAGCGAUGGGGCUGCCUGGAGGGAGGGGUGCAGCAUCCCAGGCAGGCUCGUCUCCGCUGUGGGCACAGAGUCCCGCAGCGGCCUGGCUGAGCUGGAGAGAGACUGGCAGACACUCGCCAUGGGGAGCCCCACACUCCACGGAACCCCUCGGACUGGGACAAAGCUGCUGCUCCGCGGUUCCAGCUCACUCCAUGGUGCUACUGGGAACAGGGCAGGCUCGGCUGGGUUGAAGCCUUUGCAGAUGCCUGACCAAUUCCUGGCCUGUCAAUGCUGGCCUCUACCCCUGCAGAAGGAAUGCAGCUGGAAAGGGACAACUAGAAUCUUCUUCAUCCCCAUUUGUCCCUGUCUGGGCUUCUGGAGUCUCCUGCUGGGUUGGGGCACCCCAAAGCAAGCUGGGGCAGUGCUGGAAGGAUGCACCCCAAGAACUGAGCGUGGCACGGAGCUGUUGUGGCAGCACUGGGGAAACGGGGAGCACGGCGAGAAGGAAAAGGUGAGGAAGGCUCCUUCCAGGCAUGGCUCUGCCUGCAUUUCACAGCUCUUCGCUCCCAACCAGACCCGCUCAGACUCACAUCAGACCCGUGACCUUUCCUGACACCCUUGGCUAUGGACAAGCCCCUCUGCUCAUUCCCGGCCUGGGCACCCGCAUUCGUUUUCACCUCGGAUGAGCCACGCUCUGGCUCGGCACCUGCAGAUAUUCAAAAAAAGCCUUUCAUUUCUUCAAAUCCCAUUAAGGUUUUGCAAAAAAAGAAGCUGUGAGUGGGGCUUAGCGUCUGCAGGGCCCUGAUAACCAGGCAGCAGGCGAUGCCUCGUGCUGGCUGACCGAGGAGCUGCCGCGCCGUGUGGGGCUGACUUCGCCUCCGGCUCCCUGGAAAGACUCUAAACGGGGGAUUUUUGACUAUAAAAACCAACCAAGCCUGACUGGGAUGUACAGGAACAAGAAGGGGAGAGGGACAGCAGGGACCCUGCCACCCUUCACAUGAUUUUUCCACCUAUGCGACAGCAGCAAUAGGGAGCAGAGCCCCAGGAAACGCCGCUGGAUGGACAGACUGCCCGAGGAUGGGAGGAAAGCUCCCACUGGCCCUGUUUCCAGGGGGGCUUAAAGCAUGGGAAGAUCAAAGGCUCGUCUUCCCGGCUGUGGCAGAUUCGUGCUUCCCUGCGUGCUUCUCUUAUUUUAAGCCUUUUCCACCUUGGAUCCUGUGCUGGAUGAGCCCUUUUGCCUGUGGGGUUCCCAGCUUGUCCUGCUGGGCAAAAGGAACAAGUGAUGCACCGGGAUCACCACAGCGUUCCCAUCUGCCAGAGACAUUCCUUGAAGCCCUUGGGAGAGGACAAGCUCGAAGUGCAGGCAUCAGCUUUACCUGCUCCAUCCGUGCCCGGAGCAGCCAGCCAGACCGGCUUUCUCAAGCGGUGGGAUUUGGAGGAGCUCAAUGGUGGUGUUUCCCACCCAGCGCAAGAGCAGGAGCCCCCAGCAGCUGCCGAGGGGCUCCCGGUGCCCUGUUGGACCUCACUGGAAAGGUUCCCGUGCAGGCAGGGAGCACAAUGCCCAUCUUUACCUUUCAUUUACUUAUUUUGGUGGAUUAGAUGUAGCUGGGUUUUCUAGCACAUGCCUUCAGGACAAGAAGGCGCACGGAGCCGCGUGCCCUGGCCCCAUCCACCAGUGUUUUUCCACGCUGGAGUGGGAACAUUGUACGUGCGGUUUGUCGGUAGCACACCCUUGUGUAACUGCCUGUGUCGCCCGGGACUCCCUAAUGACUUUGUUUUGUCUUGCGCGAGAGGUAUUUAAUCCACACCGAGACGCAGGAUUUCCCAGGAUUAUUCCCAAGAGUGCACGCGUUGCUGCGCGGCGCCGGAUUAGGCUAAAACCGUUCAUGGUGACACCUCCCCAGGGAAGGAAGGGGCGGCCGGGGGGGUCUGGGAUCUGGCCACGUACCUUCUCGACGAAGCCCUGGGCCAGGUUGUGGUGUGUAGCAGUGCCGUGAAGUCUAGGUCGUCUGUGAGUGGUGUCCAACGCUGUACAUGUGGACUUUCUAAACUCCUUAAAUAAAAGGAACUCAUCAUUAG